UAAGGUUAAUCGAGAUGGUGUCAAUGAAGAAACCUUACUGACCAGCGGGAAACGCUAGCAAUUCAUCACUCAGAAUUAUUAUUUUACCCAUUUCCUUUUUUUGGGGGGGGGGGAGGGUCCGUUUACAUUAUGGAAUUAACAUUUCAUCUUCAACAUGGCGUUGUUAAGGCAUGCAGCGAGCGUAGUAAUGUGCUAAAGUCCUUUAAGGUACAUCGGUCUUGGAUUGCGGGUGCUAAAGAAGUGAGGAGCCUGCAUCACUGAUGCUGAUGCUGAUGCCGAUCACCACCGAGUGUGCUCAGUACGUGCUUGAGCACUAAGAUGAGUGGAACAGGGGAUCAGGCCGACAUCCUGUCGGUUGGGAACAUGGUCCGGGAGCGCUGGAAAGUGAUAAAGAAGAUUGGUGGAGGUGGCUUUGGGGAGAUCUAUGAAGUCCUGGACCAGUUAAACCAGUGCAAUGUGGCUCUUAAAGUAGAGUCAGCCCAGCAGCCCAAACAGGUCCUGAAGAUGGAGGUGGCUGUUCUAAAGAGACUCCAGGGUAAGGACCACGUUUGCCGCUUUGUUGGUUGUGGCCGUAAUGACAGAUUCAACUAUGUGGUGAUGGAACUUCAGGGAAGGAACUUGGCAGACCUUCGGCGCACUAUGAGCCAUGGCACCUUCUCUGUGUCCACCACGCUCAGGCUUGGCCGGCAGAUUCUGGAGGCCAUUGAGAGCAUCCACUCAGUGGGCUUCCUUCACAGAGACAUCAAACCGUCCAACUUUGCCAUGGGACGACUGGCUACUACUUGCCGAACCUGCUACAUGCUGGAUUUUGGUUUGGCGCGCCAGUUCACAAACUCGUCUCAAGAAGUCCGUCCACCUCGUCCAGUGGCAGGAUUCAGGGGAACAGUCCGUUAUGCCUCAAUCAAUGCUCACAAGAAUAAGGAGAUGGGUCGGCAUGACGACCUGUGGUCCCUCUUCUACAUGCUUGUUGAGUUCAUGGUGGGUCAGCUGCCUUGGAGGAAAGUCAAGGACAAAGAGCAAGUAGGGAAUCUGAAAGAGACCUAUGACCAUCGCCUCAUGCUCAAGCACCUUCCGGCAGAGUUUAGCAUUUUUCUUGACCACAUCUCAAACCUUGACUACUACACUAAACCUGAUUAUCAGCUCCUCAUGUCAGUAUUUGACAACAGCAUGAAGAGUUACAAUGUUUUGGAGAAUGACCCCUAUGACUGGGAGAGGACGGGCUCAGAGGACUCCCUGACAGUCGCAGCCCUAGCAACCACCGCCCAGCAGCUGACACGUCUCACGCCAGCAUACCUGGGUAUGGCCAAUGCCUCUGCCAUCCCGGGUGACCUGCAGCGUGAGAACACAGAAGAUGUCCUUCAGGGCGAACGGCUCAGUGAGGCGGACAACUGCCCCCCCAUGCCGCCACAGCACGCUCAGGGGGCAGAUGUGUGGGAGGAGCUGGAGCACAAUCGAGACCGCAACCGCAAUCCCGUCCUGCCACUGAUAAGAAAGGUGGCCAGUGAGGAAGAGAGGAGUAAAGAGGGCAACCAGAGCCCCAACAGCGGAUCCGUCCAGGGCUCACCCAGGCGCGUGUGCUCUGAGACGCUACUCAUCGACCGCAUGGCUCCACUUUUGAGGAGGAUGCGCCACAGCCAGAGUAUGGGCCUGGACAAGAGACUGACCCCCGAACCCAAACCUACUAUUGAACGCUUCCUGGAGGCCUACUUAGGAAAGCAGCGGCCAGGACUGCCCCAGGAGAGGACCGGCUGUCGGGUCGAACAGGGCUCCUUGGAGGAUGAGGAGGGGGCAGCCAGCAGCGGCUAUGUAGCGGUCAACCUCAGUCCGGUGCCUCAAGAGGGUGACUCCCAGGAGUGGGUCCUGGUCGAGCUAGAAGGGGGCAGCGGAUCUGCUGGCUCCAAGCCUGAUGAGGAGGAGCGUUCCGGGGUGUCUCCCCGGUCCUCAAGCCCCCUGGCACUCCCUCGCACCUGGUCUGACCCCCUGCCCCAGCGGGCCAGCACCCUGAGCGGAUCCGGGGACAUCCACUCUGCCCUCUGCCACACGGGCCCUCCUUUCCCCCGGCUGUCCGGCCUGCAUGUUCUAACGGGAUUGUCUGGAGUAACUGGGCUGAGGAGGCUGCCCCCUAUCCAGCCAUCAUCAGUGGCUCACCUUAGCCGAGCCCAUCUCGAGCAGUUAUCCUGCACUCUGCCACAGUCCAUCAAAAUACAGCAAAAGGGUGAAAGAGAUCCUGCACAGAACACUUCAUUAGCUGCUGCAGAAGAAGAACCCAAACGUAUAGCAACAAGUUCAUCUCCCAAAACUUUCCCUCAGUCCCCUGAUGCUGCAAAUGACCCACUCACUUUCAUCAAGGCGAUAGAGAAAGACAUAGAGAGCGAUUCGGGCUGUCCCGAUGGUGGUAUUUCCACGACUCCCAACCAUGGCGAGACGACCGGAGACACGGUUGAAGCGGGCCCCUCAUCUCCAGUUCCUGCUUCGCCCCGGGAUUCAUCUCCGCGAGCCAGCCGCAUUCCGGUCCGCGACCCAGACUCCCCCACCAGGAGGAGCUUUGCCGCCCCUCUCUCCCCAUCUCUCUCUCUGUCCUGUGAGCACUUCCCCUCGGCACUGCUCCGCGAGAAGUUCUCCUUCCCAUCCGAGCGAGGCUCCCGUGGCUCUGACUGCCAGGCUGACGACCUCCUCUCGCUCUCGUCCUCCUCUGGUGCGCUGUCCAGUAGGAGUAAGAUCCCAAGGCCUGUGAGCCCUACACUGGGCCCGGAGCAGAUCUCUGCUUGCUUUAUGCCACGACCACCACCAGGAAAACCGCCCCUCCGCCCAGGCGGGGAAAACAGGCGCAGACGUUACCGUAUCCGGGCCAGUAGCACCAGUGAUGCGGAUCUUCUAGACAACCUCACGCAGCUUAUGCAGGAGCGAGGAGGCGUGGCUCCUACCCGCUACCGGCGUACCACUUCUUGCAUACAACGCUCGCUAAGCUCCUCCCCUUCUCGCUUCGAGGGAUGUCACAACCAAACGCCAGCCAGCGUUUCAAGUUUUCCACCUCCUCGGAUGAGUGAGAUACGAAUAAAUCGUGUGGCAGGAUACUGUGCCAAAAGCAAAUCAGGAACCACUGAGAGCAAACCAAGUACCAAGGUGAACAAGUAAAACAGAUAAUGGUGAACAUAUGACUGCUGUGAUGGACCUCACUUGAUUUUACUGGAUUAAAAAAGAUCUUACGGUUACAGGUAGCUGUUAACUUGGCACUAGCGAGGAAUAAACAAUGGAAUCAUUACCUGAUUUAUUCUGAAUUGAGAACCAGUAUGUGAACUGGGAGGAAUAAAGUAAAACAAAACAAAAUUAGUUUGGCUAAAGCCAGCAAUGAUGGUUAAAAUUACUUGAAAGCAUAGUGUGUAAGCCAUUUUAUCAUACCUCUGGCAUUAAAAUGCUUCUUUCAAUUUCCCAUGCCAUUCCAUCUCUUGCUUUUAGCUCUUGUUUUCAUGCCAUGUGAAGCUUUUUUUUUUUUUUUUUUUUGUCUUAAAUAAUUCAGAGCAGUUCUUCAUGUAUUUGGUGCCAACGUUUCCACUCUCUUCUCCUUCUAGGUAUUCUUUCAUUGUUUACAUAUUAUUACAGCUCAAACCAAUGUCAAGUGUGUAUUUGAAGCUCAGUGUGUUUGAUUGUUUAUGACCUAAAAUAUUGGAAGAAAAACUGUAUUUUUCACAAAAUGAUGCAUGCUUCCAGAUAGAGUGCUACAACUACAGAUUUGACAUUGGUUUGUUAGUGGGAACAUUUCAGUUCCUGUGUUAUCUUUCUGCAUUUAUUGUUUUGGUAUUGUUUGUUUACUUUUUCCCUAACCCUCAUUUGUCAGAGUAAAAGCUAGACGUUGAUUUAGCUCUCAUUUCAAAUGCUGGCUUUCCAUGCUGUAUAAAAUCAAUUUAUGCAGACAUGCAGUGUAUUGUACAAGCAAGCAUGUGUAUAUAUGUAUUUCAGGGAAUGUAUGUACUGUAAACUACAUCAUCUAUAGAAUGUAUUUAUUUAUUUAUUUAUUUAUGUAUUUGACAUGUGAGCAGAACAUGAUAACUACUUGCUCCGGACUGACCUUGCUCUUAUGUAAUUAAGGGUCAGCCACUUUGUAUUUGCCAAGUGUAUCUCUUCAAUACUUACUAUAUAGCACUAGUAUAAUUAGCUGCGCCAUAAUUAAGGACCUUAAUGAACUGCAGAGCAGCACUGUGGAUACAUCAAAUCAGCUGCAGAAAGAUCUCUGCACUCAAAAGAAGAAUCUGAACAAAUAACAUAUUACACUAUAUAGUAAGAUUACUUGAAAACAAAUCUACAUGUGUAUUCAUUCAUUCAAAACCAUUUACAUGAGUAUGAUUCAGUAGUGUCUUGCAUUUUUGUAAUGAAAUCUGAAGGAUAAGUGACCUCUGCAGAGAUGCAUGUCAAAUGACUGUAAAAAAAUUAUGAAUUCAGACUGACAGUGGUGUCACAAUUAUACCGCUAUAGCUGAGAACUCUAUAGAGAACUCUGUGUGUACUGUGCAGUUAGCCUAGUGGUUUAGUUUUGGAUAGUCUCUCUUGACCUCUGAAAGUGAUUAUUUACUUUAUAUUAAUAUUAUUAGUAGAGUGAAAAAAGAGUAACAUGGCUUACUCCUUAAAAAUGUACAGAAUCUAAACUGUAUAUAGGUAUAAAUACAUUAAAGGAAGAAACACUUCAUGCUUCAUGUAUUUUGCUAAUGAACAUGGAUUGGUUACAAAAAACUCACUAUGUUGGAAUGUAUAUGUAUUCAUAUAAACAUAAUAAAUAAAGUGCAACAUAUUGCUGUAAA